AUGCCGAGCAUGUGGCUUUCAGAGCACCAGAAGUUUGGAGUGGUCUUCUGCUGUGCAGGUGGCUUGUUCCUGUUCGGAGGUGUCCUUAUGUUCUUCGACCGGUCAUUACUGGCCAUGGGCAACAUCCUCUUCCUUAUCGGUCUCACCUUGAUCAUCGGCUUCCAGAAGACCCUGGUCUUUUUCUCCCGUCCUCAGAAGCUAAAGGGAACCGCUGCCUUUUCCGCUGGCAUUAUUCUCAUCCUCCUCCGCUGGCCGCUUUGUGGCUUCAUGAUCGAGCUCUAUGGACUAUUUAUCCUCUUCGGUGAUUUCCUGAUUACCAUCGGUCAGUUUGCAGGCAAUGUUCCCGUUAUCGGACCGUAUAUCCAGCGUGGAUUGGAGGUCUUGGCGGGUGGUCGGAGCAAUGCCGAGUUGCCCGUAUAA